UUAAAACAAAAAAAUAAAGAAUCUCAUACCCCAUGUAUUUUUCAGUGAUAUUUUUCGGUAAUAAUUGACUCAAUGACAAGUAUUAUAGUAAUUUGAUUCUUUAAUAUUAACAUGGAAGUAAAACUACAUGAAAAAAUAUAAAACUAGCUGAAUUAAGAAUUAAAAGAACCUAAUUUGGACAAUAAAAAAUUCUAUUUUUCAAGUGUGACAAAACAUAUAUAAUAGACAUGCCACAUACAUACAUAUAUAUAUAUAUAUAUAACUCAAAGCCAAGAGAGUGACCACUGAAAGCAUCAGUGCCAUCCAAGACAUGGCUCUCAUAGCAAGCAAUGAGACACACACUUUCAUAGUUUGACUCGAACCAUAUUGUGUAUACCGUCACAAUAAAGCAGUUCAGUUCCUCUAUGUUUAUAUAAAUUUCCACACAAACAGAGUGCCAGACUCUGACAGUUGAAGUUGGAGAAGAGAAGUGACUUCAUGGCUUCUUCUCUGCCAAAUUGUCCGCCGUUUGAGUUCGCCGCCAAGUAUUACUCCGGCACGGGGGGCAGUUGUGUGAGACAGAGCAGUUUCUUUGGAGGGAAAGCAGCUUUAAAUCAAGGUGUUGGGUACUCUGUUAUUCUUGGAUUUGGGGCCUUCUUUGCUGUCUUCACCUCCUUUCUGGUUUGGCUAGAGAAGCGAUAUGUUGGGUCGCGCCACACAUCAGAAUGGUUCAACACUGCAGGCAGGAAUGUUAAAACAGGACUGAUUGCUAGUGUGAUUGUAUCUCAGUGGACUUGGGCUGCUACAAUUUUACAAAGCUCAAAUGUUGCGUGGGAAUAUGGAGUUAGUGGCCCAUUCUGGUAUGCCAGUGGGGCUACCAUCCAGGUACUCUUGUUUGGCGUAAUGGCAAUAGAGAUCAAAAGAAAGGCUCCCUAUGCUCAUACUGUAUGUGAAAUUGUGAAAGCUCGAUGGGGAACCGCUGCUCAUCUUGUAUUUCUCACUUUUUGCUUCUUGACAAACAUCAUUGUCACGGCCAUGCUUCUUCUUGGUGGCUCUGCUGUCGUGAAUGCACUCACUGGAGUGAACAUCUACGCUGCAAGUUUUUUAAUCCCACUUGGCGUAAUUGUCUACACCCUUGCAGGGGGGCUAAAAGCCACCUUCUUGGCAAGCUACAUACAUUCAGUAAUAGUGCACGUUGUUUUAGUCGUGUUUGUGUACUUAGUUUACACAUCAAGCAGUAGGCUUGGCAGCCCAAGUAUCGUAUACCAUCGUCUGCUUGAGGUUGCAAGCAAAUCAAGAGUCUGCCAAGAGCCACUCACCCAUAAUGGGCAGUCUUGUGGGCCAGUUAGUGGGAAUUACAAGGGCUCUUACCUUACAAUGUUGAGUUCUGGAGGGCUUGUCUUCGGGAUAAUUAACAUUGUCGGCAACUUUGGUACUGUGUUUGUCGACAAUGGAUAUUGGGUAAGUGCCAUUGCUGCAAGGCCUUCAUCAACUCAUAAGGGCUAUUUGCUGGGCGGGUUGGUCUGGUUUGCUGUGCCAUUCUCUCUGGCAACGUCACUAGGUCUAGGAGCACUAGCCCUUGAUCUACCUAUAACGGCAAGUGAGGCCAGUCAUGGACUUGUUCCUCCUGCAACGGCUAUUGCUUUGAUGGGAAAAGGAGGAUCUAUUCUUCUACUUACUAUGCUUUUUAUGGCUGUGACGUCUGCCGGUUCAUCAGAACUAAUAGCAGUCUCUUCCUUAUGCACUUAUGACAUCUACCGCACUUACAUAAACCCGGAUGCAACUGGAAAGCAAAUCCUCAGAGUGUCAAGGGGAGUCAUCCUAGGCUUUGGAUGUUUCAUGGGACUUUUAGCAGUAAUACUAAACAAGGCUGGAGUUUCAUUAGGAUGGAUGUACCUCGCCACGGGAGUCUUCAUUGGCUCUGCCGUCCUUCCCAUAGCUUUCAUGCUUCUAUGGCGAAAAGCAAAUGCGAUUGGUGCCAUCCUUGGGACGACUAUUGGUUGCAUUCUUGGGAUUAUCACUUGGUUGUCAGUUGCGAGUGUUGAGUAUGGAAGGGUCAAUCUUGACACGACUGGAAGGAAUGCACCGAUGCUUGCUGGAAACCUCGUGUCCACACUUACUGGUGGAGCAAUUCAUGCUGUGUGUAGUUUUUUGUGGCCUCAAAACUAUGAUUGGGAUACGACAAAGCAGAUAACUAUGGUUGAGAAGGAAAAGAGUGAAUUGCUAGCUGAGGAGUUCAAGGAGGAAAAGCUGAUAAGAGCGAAAGCGUGGAUUGUGAAAUGGGGUGUUGGUUUUACUGUUGUGAUUGUUUUGUUGUGGCCCCUUCUUUCUCUUCCUGCAGGGCGAUUCAGCGAAGGGUACUUCACAUUCUGGGCAAUCAUAGCAAUAGCAUGGGGUACAAUUGGAUCAGCUGUAAUUAUAGUUUUGCCACUGACAGAAAGCUGGCAAACGAUCCAAAGCGUCAUUCUUGGCAUGUUUACAAAUGACAGGCUCAUGGAAAAGGUCGAAGAGUUGAAUUUGAAGCUGAACACGAUCAUGUUGGCGAUACCUGAAGCAGAAAGAAUCUACUUGCUUGAGAAAGGGAAGGCCAAGAAAAAUGAAGCAUCAGAGCCAGAUGCUCACAUUGUCCCUGCCUAAAACAUUUCUCACUCAGCUCAUCAUGAAUGAAUGGCACAAAAUUCUGCUUGGAUUUUGAAGUGAUGAAAUAAAAAAGGGUUAAAAAUUGGUGAUGUGAAUGAGUAGUGUUACAGCAAUUGGUUUCUACAUUAGGAUUGGUAGCAGUGUGUUUUUUGGAUUUUGGUUCAGUUUUAAAAACAAAAAAAUAAAAAAAUAAAUUUGUUGUUGAUC